AUGAUGAUGACGAUUAUUAUGAAUGAGGCCGGUGAGGUCAUCUGCAUCCCGCUGAGAAUCAUUGUGUAUCUAUCACCUCAUUCGGGAGAAUUUUUUUACAAUCAAAUGGAUAAAUAUGCAAGGAAUUACUUAGCAGAAGGCGUAAAAAAUAAAGAAGAUAUUAUCGUUACGCCGGAUUCUGAAAUUUACAAAAAUCUCAACCAGCAUUACAAUCGAAAUAACCAUAUUCAAGAAACGUUACGUGAAUUCUUCAGUGCUGUGCAAAGUGGACGUGAUGCGGAACCAUCAUGGAAGAAGACAAUUUAUAAAGUAAUCAAUCGGAUGGAUGAUCCAAUUCCGGAAUAUUUCAAAGAUCCAAAUUUCUUAGAACGCCUUGAGGGUUGA